AUGGCCAGGUAUCAGGAUAAAAUUCAACAGGACCAAGUGGAAUCUUGGCCAUCGAGCAUCAAGAAGCGAGUCCACGCACAACUGAAGCUUGUGCCGCCACCAAUCAACCCCGACUUGGCGCUCCAAGAAUGCGCAGCGCAGCAGCUGUACUUGCCUAGUCUGCUACCUGACGUGGACGCCCUCCUUUACGUGAGCACAGAGAUGGUUUUCGUUCAUCCCAUCGAAGACAUCUGGCGAAUGUUCUACUCGAUGACCGACCAGGAAAUGGUUGGCAUGGCACCGGAGAUGGAGAGCAUCGACCGUAACUUGUACCUGUCGACGUCCCUACAGCCAUUCGUUGAACCAUUCGGUGUCAACUCUCAUCUUCUGCUGAUGAACCUCACACGGAUGCGAGCUAACGGAUUCGAGCGCCGCCUCAACGAGAGUGCACGAGAGCUAAAAAAUGUAACUAUAUCGCCAGUCGAGGAUGCGCUGAACAUUUUCUUCGCGCGAAAUCCCGAGGGCAUCUUCACCUUCACAUGCCGCUGGAACUACCGCCCCGAGCACUGCUACAAAAGUGCGUUAUGUACGGACGGGCCAGUGGCCGUAGUCCACGGUGCAUACGAUGAUUUCAUGCAUCGGAACCCGGCAUUUAUGGCUCUACACAAUUCCAUGAGGCAGUAUAAACUCGGCAAUAGCCUCCUUCAAGGGUUCAUAAAACCACUGAAGAAGAACCUCGCAAUGCGGAACUGGGAUGGUUGCCACGUGGAAUUCGUGAGGCACCUGGAAUACUGGAGGCUUUCAGCUGAUCGUGUCGACAGGGUAUCCAACAGAACAGACCAUUUACAAGGACCUGCACACUGAAGUGCCCGCAAUGGUGGUCGAGUAUGACAUUGAGUAAUUGAUCUGCGGCUGGUCCUACGUGGGCCAUCUCGCCGUCACUAGGAGGAUUGAUGAUUUGCUAGUGGGGCCUUCUUCAGAAAACUUUUCAUUUUCCUCGCAAUGUUCGGUCCGCAGACACGAAGCAGGGGAGAGGCACGGGCAGUCGUUUUGUCGCACCAAGUUUGCGCUUGCAGCCAUUGCCGAUCCAGCGACCGCCUAAGUGCCUUAGCGUGGCAGCGCGAAAGGACGCAGGAUGGGUCCUAGCAGAGAAAUCGUGCUGCAGGAAGCAAAUAUUCUGCCGCAUCGCCAGAGGCUGUUAUACUCUUUGUCUAAAAAAACUAGCAGAUGUUCCUUGUACGAAUAGAACCGCUGAGCGAAGCUCCUUAGAAAUGGGAUGCAUACAACAAUGCUACUCAUAGAAGGAAAGUUUUGAUAUUCGGGGUGGUGCGGCCGACUUGCUCUCCCACAUCUUUCUC